CUUCCAGACAAAACAUUUAUUCGUCAACUAAUUAUGUAACGCAGACAGCACACGUUUCUUCACAGGUACGCACCAUGCACGUGCGAGAGUCAUAGAUUGAGUGAAAAUUAUGUCUGAAUGAAGGGAUUAAUGUGGGGAUUGCAUAAUAAUCGUCUUUUCUUCGAUUUGUUGAACAUGAAAGUCAACGAAUUCUUUCAUUGAAAUGAAUUAUAUCUCUUUUCUGAAGAAAACGAAGAUUUAACAGUCGUUAAUAAAAGUAAAAUAUGGAUAGCACGUGCUCUUAUUGGUCGACGACCCUGUUUGGAUCGGAUCAUCUACAAAUAUGGACAACACGUGCUCUUAUUGGUCGACGACCCUGUUUGGAUCGGAUCAUCUACAAAUAUGGACAACACGUGCUCUUAUUAGUCGACGACCCUGUUUGGAUCGGAUCAUCUACAAAUAUGGACAACACGUGCUCUUAUUGGUUGACGACCCUGUUUGGAUCGGAUCAUCUACAAAUAUGGACAACACAUGCUCUUAUUGGUCGACGACCCUGUUUGGAUCGGAUCAUCUACAAAUAUGGACAACACGUGCUCUUAUUGGUCGACGACCCUGUUUGGAUCGGAUCAUCUACAAAUAUGGACAACACGUGCUCUUAUUGGUCGACGACCCUGUUUGGAUCGGAUCAUCUACAAAUAUGGACAACACGUGCUCUUAUUAGUCGACGACCCUGUUUGGAUCGGAUCAUCUACAAAUAUGGACAACACGUGCUCUUAUUGGUUGACGACCCUGUUUGGAUCGGAUCAUCUACAAAUAUGGACAACACAUGCUCUUAUUGGUCGACGACCCUGUUUGGAUCGGAUCAUCUACAAAUAUGGACAACACAUGCUCUUAUUGGUCGACGACCCUGUUUGGAUCGGAUCAUCUACAAAUAUGGACAACACGUGCUCUUAUUGGUCGACGACCCUGUUUGCAUCGGGUCAUCUACACCAGAAACAUCAAGUAAUAGUUAAUUAGCACAGGGGAAUUAAAUAUCUUUGGUUUUUAAUAUCACGAAGUCCUACCGAUGUACAAACUUUCUAUCUGAAAGAUACGCCAUUCCAUCUGCUAUUUCAGCAGCCAUUUGAUAAAGUUCAAAUUCAGUUGGGGGGUGAAGCAAUGGUUCUUCUUCAGUGUCCUAGAAAAUUUAAUCCGAUGACGUUAACUGGACUUUUUCCAAAAUAACAGAUAGCCCCAAAUUUAAAAUCAUAAAUACAUGCGCUGGAAGUUGAUGAAAAUAGAAACGUCAAAUGUUGAAAGCUUCCGUCGGUCCAUAAAAUAUUUUAUUAAACAUUAUAAAAAAAAUCAUAAACUGGAAAGGUCUGAACAAUGCUGUCGACUAAUCUGACAAAACAGAGUUGAACUCAAUUUAAAUAGAGCAGGACUUAAUGGAAAAGCAAAUAUAAAAGUGAAUAUAAAAA